GUUCUCCAUGUCAGGACCCCUGGCCGAAGCAUUGUGACAUCAAUGUUCCAGGAUGCUCAGAUGAGUGGAACUCAGCUAGACAAGACAACGACGACUCUUUCGUGCUCAUCGUGCAAUCUUCAACUGCUUUUCAGAUUCUCCCAAUACCCUACAAGCUAAUCCUGCCUCACACACGGAACUCUUGAAGCUCAUUAGACAAGUGCUCCAGCAAUAGAACAGAGACAAUGGCAGAAAUCUCCGAUCCCGUCCUCGCAAAACCCGCCGACCUUUGCUGCCUCAAGGGCGAUUUCCACAAAGGCGAGCCGACCGGCACCACUAUCCAGAUUAAGGGCGUUGAUACCUACGUUGCGACUCCCGAUCCUAAGAUCGCCAACGGACGUGUUAUUCUCUAUUUCCCCGAUGCAUUUGGCCUGCACAUCAACGCCAUGCUUAUGAUGGAUGCCUAUGCUGCUUGCGGAUACCUGACACUGGGUGUUGAUUAUUUCCUUGGCGAUGCUGUCACCAAGUACUCAGCCACUCCUCUUAGUGACCCUAACUUCGACCUCGGUGCCUGGAGCGCAAAGCAUCUCACUGCGUCGGAGGACGUUGCUAAGAAAUGGGUACAGAACGUUAAGGCCAAGUAUGGCUCUAGCGACAAUGUGAAGUUUGCCUGUGUCGGCUACUGCUGGGGUGCUCGUUUUGUCUGCGAGCAGCUUUCCGAGGAUGGAAUCUGCUCUGUUGGCGCGAUUGCUCACCCUUCGUUCGUGAAAGAGAGCCAUGUUUACAAGUCAAAGGCGCCCAUCGCAUGGGCCGUUCCCAGCACUGAUAAUCUCUUCUCUCCCGAGUCCCGAUCCCGGGUUAUCGAGAUCUGUACGGAGAAGGCACAGCGUUUCAACAUGCAGGUGUUUUCCGACGUCGGUCACGGCUUUGCGUCCCGAGCACGUCUUACCGACCCUUACGAGAAAUGGGCCAAGGAACAGCACUUUAGGAACUUUAUGGAAUGGAUCGACUUCUGGAUUUCCCAAUGACUACUUGAGAGACGAGGGAACGGAGUUGAGGGGGGUGAAAACAGGCAACAGCUGCAAAGGUUGUGAUCUUCAAAAGGAAGGCACAGCCUCUGGGGAGAUAAGUACCUGAGCUUAUGUAGUAGACAAACAUUUUGGAGAGUUGUCUCAACAUACGCCAGUGUACUUGGGUGCGCCGUUGCGGUGUUCAACCUACUGAAAUGUGUAUUCCAAGGUAGUCGAGAUGAUGAG